AUGGCACAAUCUAGAAGUAACAGAGAGAUCCUUACGGGGGGUAAGAAAUAUGUACAGAAGCAGGCCAACAAACAUCGAGUAGAGGAGGUGGUGUUUGAUAAGGACUCCAGAAAGGAGUACCUUACAGGCUUCCAUAAACGUAAGGUUCAAAGACAGAAGAAAGCAGCUGAAUACCAUAAGGAACAAGAGCGGUUGGCUCGGAUAGAACAACGUAAGGAGAUUCGAGAGGAACGUAAGAAGGAUUUCGAACUGCAAUUGGCCCUGUUUAAUAAGACAAUGAAGGAUAUUGGCGAUGAUGACGAGGGUGAAGAUGAUGAGAAUGAUUCACUGAAUGAAUGGGACGGUUUUGGAGGUUCAGAUGAUGAAUAUGAACAUAAUGAUAAUAAGGUAUUGACUCUGCUGGAAAAGAAACUCAGAGGAAUACUUCAACAUAAAGAGAUUUACUCUGCGGGAGACGAUAAUGCUACAAAUGCUUUAGUAGAGGAUGAAACAGAGGUGGUUGUUGAAUCACUCGAAAACCCUAUUUUUGCUAAUAAUGCGUUAGAAGAUAAAGCAGUGGCUAACAAUGUUCAUUUGGAAAAGUCUGAAAAGGUUCUUGAACAAUCAAUACUAAGAGCUAAGAAGUAUGCCAUUUCUCUUGGUGUAGCAGAACCUUCAUUCAAGGAUAAAAUGAAUAAGAAGAAGAAAAAGUUCAGAUACCUAACCAAAGGUGAACGUAGACAGAACCUCAGAAAGGAGAAGCUGAAGAAGUACAGAAGAGAUUAA